AUGGAGUUUCCCAAUCUUCCACGCGAUGUCCUCUUCGACAUCCUCUCAAGGCUUCCCAUCAAAACGCUCAUCAAAUUCAGACUCGUCUCCAAAAACUGUCUCUCUCUCAUCCAACACCCUCACUUCAUCACCCUCCAUCAAACUCGAUCCAUCUCCAAACCAACCUCAGAAGACAAUCACAUCUUCAUCUACUACGAAUCAAUCGACUAUACCAAGCAAUUCUACUCUGUAUGUAGCAGCAGAGACAGUGAUUCCUUGAUUGAGCACAAGAGAUUUGAAUUUCCAUUCAAGAGCUUUAAUGGGUAUGUCAGAAUUGUGGGUUCAAGUAAUGGGUUAGUUUGUUUGUUUGAUACCAAUUACUUUUCAUGCUUUGGUAAUUUGUUUUUGUGGAAUCCAAUUGUUGGGAAAUUCAAGAAAUUGCCUGAUUCUCACUUGAGUUGUCGAUUUCGUGAUACUUUUUCUCAUAUGGUUGUUGGGUUUGUGUUUGUUUAUGAGAUCAAUGAGUUUAAGGUAGUGGAAAUUUUGUAUGAUUCUGAUAGAGAGGCUGUUCCUGAUGUGUUGGUUUACUCUCUGGAGGCAAAUUCUUGGAGGAAAGUUGAAGCUAUUGCGCCGUGCUAUAUGCCUAAUUGUUGGUGUAGUAAUGUCUGUGUGAAUGGUUCGGUGCAUUGGUUGGCGCUUAAAAGGCCGGGAAUUGGGUUUUUGUAUGAUUCAAUUAUGUCAUUUGAUAUGAGUAAUGAGGUGUUUAGAGAGAUAGGACUGCCCGAUAAUCGCAAUGGUAAUUUCGAUCGAGUGGACUUGUGUGUUUCGGCUUCUGGGGAUUCAUUAUCUCUGUUUUAUCACUUCAAUGACCGAUGGGAAGUAUGGUUGAUGAAGGAUUAUGGGGUGGUAGGGUUUUGGAUGAAACAAUUUGAUAUUGCAGAACCACAGGUCUCGGUGCCGCUCAACUUUAUGAGUGGUGGGGAUGUUUUACUUGUAAUGAAGAGUGGAAAGCUGGCCUUGCAUGACCCCGAGAACCAACAAAUGAAGGAUGUUGAAAUAUGUGGUCUUCCAAGUUUGAUUGGUAUAGAUGUUGGUAGUAUCUGGGGUGGUUGGAGAGGCCUUUCAUAUAAGAUGCAAGUUCUUAGAGCUCUCAAGUGUCUUAAUGGGGAUAAGGAACCUAGGCUUGACAAAAUGACUAUGAUUUUCUUUCAGAAUUGGAGUGUGGUUAAAGCACUUUAUGUGAAGAACAUACCUGAGAAUACUCCCCUUGAGCAAGUGAAGCAACUAUUUCAACGCCAUGGAGAAGUGACAAAAGUUGUUAUGCCGCCCUCCAAAUCUGGUGGCAAAGGAGAUUUUGGUUUCGUCCAUUAUGCAGAAAGGUCAAGUGCAUUGAAGGCUGUCAAAGAUACAGAGAAACAUGAAAUUGAUGGUAUUGUUUCCACAAAUUUGUUAUUUCAAUUACUUAAAGCUAACAAAGGUCAUGGACUAUAA